AUGCCAGCUUUUGAUCCUGUUCGCGAUGCCGUCCUCAACUCUCCUACCACGUCCUCACCGAACCUUGCUCGUCGGGCUACUCACCUUUCAGUUCUCCUCAACAGCGACCCUGUCCCCGAAAAGCUCUCCUCGUCGCAGGCGAUCCGCAGAACAAAAUCUCCACAUUCAUCUCCGUCUCAUUCGCCCGUAUUCUCUUCACGUCCUUCCUCGUCAUCUUCCUCCACUUAUCCACAACCCCAUCUAACUCCUUCGGCGAUCGAUUCGCCUUUAAUGCCCCCACCGUCACUCCCAAAACCCGUUGAAACCAUACCAUACAAUCCCACUCGUCGCUCAGAACCAGGUAGCAUCUUAAAACCAAUGUCCCAAGCCGAAAUGAAGAUGUAUGAGACCUAUCGCGACAACGCUCGGCCAGAUGUCGGCGUCGAGCAAAGACAGGGGUCGCCAAUCAUUGGCCUUAAGAAUUUUAACAACUGGGUCAAAUCUGUCCUUAUAUCUCGAUUUGCACUGCCUGCAUUGCAAGCUUCGCCGUACAUGGGAGGAAAUGUUCCAGGGAGAGGGUCCGGUAAGAUCCUCGACAUGGGAUGUGGGAAGGGAGGCGAUCUCAAUAAGUGGUCAAAAGCGAGGGUUAAAGAGCUCCUGGCCGUCGAUGUUGCCUCAGUGUCUGUGGACCAAGCUCGUGCGCGUUGGGAAGGAAUGAAAGGACAUCGUUACGCUGCUUCAUUUGCGUCCCUCGACUGCUACCGCGAACCCCUCUCAAAAGCUUUUUCUUCACAUCAACUAGCGCUACCUUUCGAUGUCGUUUCUAUGCAGUUUUGCAUGCACUACGCCUUUGAAACUGAGGAAAAGGCAUGUCGGAUGCUUGACAACGUGAGUCGGUGGCUACGACCUGGUGGAAUUUUUAUCGGUACGAUACCCAAUGCUGAGCAGCUGCUCGAGCAUUUACAUGAGCUUCCGUCUGACAUCGAUGAGCUCUCCUUUGGAAAUUCUAUUUAUCGAAUUCGUUUUGAUGAACGCGAACAUCAUGGCGUCUAUGGGCAUAAGUAUUGUUUUUUCCUCAAAGAUGCGAUUGAGGAUGUUCCAGAGUAUCUGGUCAUAUGGGACAAUUUUGUUCAGCUAGCUUCUAAGUAUGACUUGCAACCUAUCUACAAAGAGGAGUUCCAUCAAGUUUUCGACAAGAAUCAAGAGCAUCAGGAUUUUGGUCCUCUUCUCACUCGCAUGGGUGUUGUAGAUGCCAACGGCGAGAGUGCGAUGGAUGAGGAUCAAUGGGAGGCUGCUAACAUCUACGUCGCCUUUGCUUUCCAGAAGCAGUAA